AUGGGCCCCCGUACCGACCCCUCAUGCUGCUGCCAGGCCCGUAAUCUGCCAUGGGCCCCCGUACCGACUCCUCAUGCUGCUGCCAGGCCUGUAAUCUGCCAUGGGCCCCCGUACCGCCUCCUCAUGCUGCUGCCAGGUCCAGAGUGUGUCAUGGGUCCCUGUACGGCCUCCCAUUGCUGCUGUCUCCAUCGCCACACUCUGCCAUGUGCCACUUUCAGGUCUCCUUACACUGCUGGUGGGUUCCAUUUUGUCAUAGGGUGCUGUAUGGCCUCCCAUUGCUGCUGCCUCCACCGCCACACUGUGGCUCCACACUCUGGUUUUGGCCCCGUGACUGCCCAAAUGAGUGAAGUGUGCGGUGAUUCUAAGAUCGACGGCACUCAUCUGCAUGUCAUACUGACUGACAGUAUUAUUUCUCUUCCCCAGCAGACUCCAAGGGCAUUUAAAUUAAAGGUACAGUGUUCUGCACUAAUAUAA